AAUUAACUUGCACCCAACAAAGUAAAGCUCAGGAAUUAGAAAAUGGAGGCAGCACUAAGUCUGCUUCUAACUUCCUCCCUUAUCCUCCUCCUCCACCUCCUCCCCAUCUCACACCCUCUUCCAUCUGAUGAUCAGCCGAGGCUCAUCGAGAAACAACUCAAGCUUGAUUACCUUGGGGAGUCUGGGUCUCCUCUUAAAAAUGAGAAGAGUGUAAACCUAGGCCACUAUGCCGGUUAUUUUAAGCUUAAAAAUACUAAAAAUGCAAGGAUGUUCUAUUUCUUCUUUGAAUCGAGAGAAAACAGAAAGAGCGAUCCGGUAGUGAUAUGGCUAACAGGAGGACCGGGAUGUGGCAGUGAAUUGGCUUUGUUCUAUGAGAAUGGACCGUUUCACAUUCAACGCAAUUUGUCUCUUACUUCGAACAAUUACGGUUGGGACAAGAUUUCAAACAUUAUCUUUGUGGAUCAACCAACUGGAACUGGUUUCAGUUACAGUAACAAUAGUAAUGACACUCGCGUUAACGAAAAAGGUGUCAGCAAGGACCUCUACAACUUCUUGCAGGCCUUCUUCAAGAAACACCCCGAGUAUGCCAAAAAUGAUUUCUUCAUAACUGGAGAAUCAUAUGCUGGGCAUUACAUUCCUGCAUUGGCUUUUCGUGUUAAUGAGGGAAACAAGAAAAAUAAAGGAAUUCAUAUAAACCUCAAGGGCUUUGCCAUUGGCAACGGGCUCACCAAUCCAUCAAUCCAAUAUCCAGCCUAUACCGACUACGCUUUGGAGCAAAAUUUGAUCAAUAAAACUAUUUAUGACAAAAUAAAUCGGACUGUUCCGGCUUGUGAGACAUCAAUAAAGAGUUGUGGCACCAAGGGCGGGAACACUUGCAUUACAGCUCUUGGGACUUGCCUCCAAAUCUUCAAUGGCAUACUUGAUGUUACCGGGAAUAUAAAUUACUAUGACAUCCGGGAGAAGUGUACAGGAGGACGUCUCUGCUACGACUUCUCGAACAUGGAAACUUACCUCAACCUGAAAAAAGUUAGAAAAGCUCUAGGAGUUGGGAACAUUACUUAUGUUUCAUGUAAUACUGAUGUGCAAAUCGCUAUGGAGCGUGAUUGGAUGACAAAUCUCGAAGUUGACAUUCCUAGCCUCCUUGAAGAAGAUAUAACUAUGCUUAUAUAUGCUGGAGAGUUUGAUCUUAUCUGUAACUGGCUUGGAAACUCAAGAUGGGUUCAUGCCAUGAAAUGGUCUGGUCAAGAAAACUUCAGCAGAGCACCUAAUGUUAAUUUUACUGUGGAUGGAAAUGUGAAGGGAACACUAAAGAGCCACGGACCACUGAGUUUCCUCAAGGUGAGUGAUGCAGGCCACAUGGUCCCAAUGGAUCAGCCUGAGGCAGCAUUAGUAAUGCUUCAGAGGUGGAUGCAAGGAAAACUUAACUCAACAAUGUAAUACCAUCUCACUCCCAUAUAUAGACCCUUAACACACUAAAAGAAUUAUUAUUUCACUUUGUUUUCUUAAGAUGACUGGUUUUCUUAUAGCGUUCUAUUGACUUAUUUUGAAUUUGCAACUAAAAUGGCUCUUUU